GGUCGCCUCGACAGCGAGGCAGUGGCGGCUACCGAGACACCAGUGGUCCAGCCCGAGAGCCCUCAGCUCAGGGGACCAGCCCAGAGGUCCGCGUCCGUCCCUCCGUCGUCCUCUCCGAGGUGUCCGGGCUAGGCCCCAGCCUCCGCCUUCGUCUCCCAAGAUGGCGAGCAGCGGCGAGUCCAAGACCGAGUUCAUUGUGGGAGGGAAAUACAAACUGGUAAGGAAGAUCGGGGCCGGGUCCUUCGGGGACAUUUAUCGGGCAAUCCACAUCACCACUGGCGAGGAGGUGGCGGUGAAGCUGGAGUCUCAGAAGGCCCGGCACCCGCAGCUGCUGUACGAGAGCACACUCUAUAAGAUCCUUCGGGGCGGGGUCGGCAUCCCCCGCACUUGGUGGUACGGGCAGGAAAAAGAGUAUAAUGUGCUGGUCAUGGAUCUUCUUGGACCCAGCCUGGAAGAUCUCUUUAAUUUCUGUUCAAGAAAGUUCAGCAUGAAAACUGUACUGAUGUUAGCUGACCAGAUGAUCAGUAGAAUUGAGUAUGUGCAUUCAAAGAACUUUAUACACAGAGACAUUAAACCCGAUAAUUUCGUAAUGGGCGUUGGGUGUUACUGUAAUAUGUGCUUAGAAUCUCCAGCGGGGAAGAGGAAAAGAAACAUGACUGUUAGUACUUCUCAGGACACACCUUUCUCCGAGUUAAACCAGUUAUACCUUAUUGAUUUCGGUUUGGCCAAAAAGUACAGAGACAACAAGACAAGGCAACACAUACCAUACAGAGAAGAUAAAGAUCUCACCGGCACGGCCCGCUAUGCUAGCAUCAACGCACAUCUUGGUAUUGAGCAGAGUCGCCGAGACGACCUGGAAUCCUUAGGCUAUGUUUUGAUGUAUUUUAAUAGAAGCAGCCUGCCAUGGCAAGGGUUAAAGUCCGCAACAAAGAAACAAAAAAAUGAGAAGAUUUGUGAAAGGAAGAUGACCACUCCUGUAGAAGUUUUAUGUAAGGGGUUUCCUGCAGAAUUUGCCAUGUACUUAAACUAUUGCCGUGGGCUGCGCUUUGAGGAGACCCCAGAUUACGCGUAUCUGAGGCAGCUGUUCCGCAUUCUUUUCAGAACCCUGGACCACCAAUAUGACAACAGAUUUGACUGGGCGGUGUUAAAGCCGAAAUCAGCACAGCAGGCAGCCUCUUCAAGUGGGAAGGGUCAGCAGGCCCAACCCCCCACAGAUUGCUAAGCACGAAACAAGGAACGCAUGAUCAGAGCAGCAUUUGUUUCUCCCCAAAUCUAGAAAGUUUAGUUCAUAUGGACACUAGCCAGUGGUUGUGGAUAACCAUUUACUUGAUGUAAAGAACUUAAUUUCAGUAUAAACUGGCUCUGGGCAGCAUUGGUGAUGCUGCGUCCCGAGUUGUAGCUGCUGUCAUUGUGAAUAUUAAUUGAGAUGGUGAAACAUGGUGUCCAGUUUUCUGUUUCUUUUUUUUUUUUUCAAGUGGAAAAGUUAACUAAAUGGUUGACACCACAAAUUG